AACUUUUUCGGUGGAAUGACAUAGAUAAGCAGUGCAAUGGAAGGCGUGAAGACAUUCGUGGUUGCUCAUCUUAAAGAGAUAUGUGUGGCUGCUGCUAUCGGAUUUACUGUCAUGGCUGUGUAUAAGAAGCACACGAAGAAAAUUAAGAAAUCUUACCCAAGAGACACGGUAAUUCACCACACAGUACCAAGAGGUCCAUUUGCCCCUAGUCUUACUCCGUUUGCUGUAAAACUGGAGACUUAUUUGAGGAUGGCAAAAAUUCCAUAUCAGAAUGAAUUCGACAGUGAUGUCAACAGAAGUUCUAAGGGAAAGCUAACAUGGAUUGAAUACAAUGGCGAAGAGGUGGCAGAUUCUGAGUUUUGUAUCAAAUUUAUUAAUAAAAUUCUUAACACAAAUUUGGACAAAGACUUCACAGACGAAGAAAAGGCCAUCGCAUAUUCGUUUCAAAAAGCGGCUGAAGAGUAUUUCUACUGGGCACUACUUCUACAACGCUGGGUGCAUGAUGAAGGAGGAGAAGUGUUUAAAUAUAUCAAAAUUCCUUGGAUAUUUAGAAAAAAUUGGAAACGUUACGCAAUAAAACUAGCGCAUGCGCAAGGAAUAGGUCGCCAUUCUCAAGAGGAGGUACAGACACUCAUUACUGAAUGCCUUCAGAACUUCUCUUCUUUCUUAGGGAAGAAAAAGUUUUUGCUUGGAGAGGAACCUUGUCAAGCGGACUGUGCUGUAUUUGGAAUCCUAUCCCAAUGCUACUGGCAUGGAUUUGGUUCGUUUACAGAACAGGAAUUCCAAAAGUUUGAAAAUCUGUGUAGUUACUGUGAGAGGAUGAAGGCAAAAUUUUGGCCAGACUGGGAUGACUGUAUUACACACGGUGGGACAAGGGAAGCCACUAAAUGAGAGCGAAAAAUAGAGAAUUGCGAGAAAAAGAGUUUACCUACAUGUACACUCGUAUGACACAUUUAUCGUGCACACAGAAUAUUCCAAAAAAGGAACAAGGGUCUGAAUAAUAAACCUAGGAUCCAUUAAUAUUAUAAAGAAUUUUUGUAUUAUUCACAUUUUUUGUUGUAAUUUAAUAAUAUCUAUUAGUUUUAAGCGUGUAAUCUUUAUACUCAGUGCAAGGUCAUAUUUGAAAUUACUUGGCAUUUAUUACUGACAGAUUGUAAACAUAUUUCGUAACUCUUAUUUACAAAUUGUGUAUUCGGACCAGGCGGUUGAGUAAUAAAGUAAAUCACUAUCAGUAGAUCAAAUAUUUCAUGUAGGUGGUCAGUGUUCUCCGGGGAUAACAAUGUUGAUUUUUGUCAAACUUAUUGACUUUAAACACGUCUUAAAUUGAAUUUAUGAAAUACGAAAUUCCAAAUUUGGCAAAGGUUAAUUCUUAAUUACAAUUACGAAAACACUGAUCACACGAUGACCACAUACGGUCAUGUCACCUGGGUACUGAAAAAGUUAACAAGUUGUGGAAUUGUCAUAGAAAUCGGUUCUGGGGUAUAUAAUGGCCGUGCGCGCCCUGACAACCUCAGUUGCGGUCUCUCUAAAAUAAAACUGUAGUCUAAUAACUUGUUUUCUUUUAAGGUACGUACAUGUAUAGUCAAUCAUCUUUAUGUUAAUCAUAUUUAUAUACUAUUUUUAAAGUUAACGAAACUGAACUGUAAUAUGUUGGAAAAUGAAAUGUUUUUUAUAAUUUAUUUAUUUUUCAGGAGGUUUUGUAAAGUUAAUUAUUUUAUUGUUAUUUGUUAAUAGUGUGAGUUGCGGUUUCUCUAAAAUAAAAUUGUAGUCUUACAACUUGUUUUCU